AAAAACUAAAAAAAAAAAAAAAAAAAAUUAAUAAUAAUAAUAUGAAUUCAAUCGAAAAAUACCCUCAUGAUUUUGAUCCAACCAAGCACGAUUUGACUGAAAGCUAUAGUCAGUCUUCGGAUGAUUCAAGAGGCAUUUCUACCGGGCACAAGUUUUUUUCUAAGCAGACUAUCAUCAAUUACUUUCCUCGGUAUAAACUCAAGCGAUCUGGCCCUAUUUUCAUUGAUGAAAGACCACCUAUUCACCAAUGUCUCUUAAUGGGUAUCCAACAUGUCUUGGCCAUGUUUGGUUCUACUGUGCUUGGUAAGCAGAAAUAAUAAAAUCACUGUAUGAUUAUUGACCCUCUUACAUAGCUCCAUUGAUGAUGGGUUUUGACACAAAUACCGCAUUGUUCUUUUCCGGUAUUGGGACGAUCAUCUUCUAUAUUUGUACUGGUGGAAGAGUUCCUUCUUAUGUUGGUUCUUCCUUUGGCUUUAUUGGUGUAGUUGUAUCUGCUACAGGCUACAAUUAUUCGCCUACUUCUGGAAGAAAUGAAAAUGUCGAUGUUGCUGCUGGUGGUAUUAUUAUCUGUGCUAUCGUGUAUCUAGCAAUUGGCGUGGCUAUUCAUUUUGCAGGCCAUCGUUGGAUCGAAUAUGUGAUGCCUCCCGUUGUCACUGGUACUGUAGUCAUGACGAUUGGUAUUCAUUUAUCCACUUCCGCUUUUCAAAGUGCUACUGGAACUUCCUUUGAUGGUUGGAUGGCAUUCACUACUGUCAUGUUGAUUUCCCUUGUAAGUAUUUAUGCUCCUGGCAUGUUGAAGCGUAUUCCUAUCUUGAUUGGCAUGAUCAUUGGCUAUCUUAUCUAUUUUGGAGUCGGCUGGUCCGGUCAUGGUCCUGCAAUCGAUUAUACCGAGGUAUACGAAGCUUCUUGGUUUGCUGCCCCUACUUUUGUGAAGCCUCGAUUUGAAGGUCAGGCUAUUAGUAUCAUUGUGCCUGUCUGUGUUGUCUUGUUGGCCGAGAACUUGGGUCACAUUAAAGCAGUGGGUGCCAUGGCUGAAAAGCCUCUAGACAAGUAUCUGGCUCGUGCCAUUAUUGGUGAUGCUAUUGCAACCAUUGUGUCUGCUUCUGGUGGUGGUCCUGGUACGACUACUUAUUCUGAAAAUAUUGGUGUCAUGGCUGUCACUCAAAUCUUUUCUACUUUGAUUUUCUUGGUUGCUGCUGUGAUUGCUAUCCUUCUUGGCUUUAUUCAAAAAUUUGGUGCAGCUAUUCAUACUAUUCCUGAAGGUGUCUUUGGUGGUUUGUCCAUCAUUCUUUUUGGUUUGAUUACUGUAUCGGGUGCUAGAAUCUGGGUUGAAAAUGAAGUUGAUUUCAAAGACUCACGAAACAUGUUGGUUGCCGGUGUUCCAGUGAUCAUUGGUGCAGCUAUGCAGACGACGUUGAAAUGGGGCAAUUUCCAAUUAGAUGGCAUUGGUCUUCCUACUUAUUCUGCUAUUCUCCUAUACCAAAUCUUGCGUGGCUGGGAUGGUAUUGCUGACCUCAUCAACCGUAGAAAAAAGAAGUCUAUGAAUGAAGAACAUGCUACUACUGUAUAAAAUA